AUGAGGUUUUCUAAGUUAUAUAAAUUUAUUACUUAUUUUAUAAUAAUAAAUAUUUUAGUUCAAGCAAAUAGUGAAGAUGUAUUAAAUAAAAAUAAUGGAAAGAAUGAAGAAAUAUACAAAUAUAAAUUAUAUGGUGAUAUUGAUCAAUAUGCAUAUUAUUUUAUGGAUAUAAAUAUAGGAACACCAGGACAAAAAAUUUCACUAAUAGUAGACACAGGAUCUUCUUCAUUAAGUUUCCCUUGUUCAGAAUGUAAAGAUUGUGGGAUACAUAUGGAAAAUCCCUUUAAUUUAAAUAAUUCAUCAACAUCGUCAAUUUUAUAUUGUAAUGAUAAUAAUAAUUGUCCAUAUAAUUUAAAAUGUCCCAAAGGAAGGUGUGAAUAUUUACAAUCUUAUUGUGAAGGAUCUCGAAUUAACGGUUUUUAUUUUACGGAUCUUGUAAAACUCGAAUCGUAUAAUAACCCUAACAAUGGGAACCUAAUUUUUAAGAAACAUAUGGGAUGUCAUAUGCAUGAAGAAGGAUUAUUUUUACAACAACAUGCGACAGGAGUAUUGGGAUUAAGCUUAACAAAACCAAAAGGUGUUCCAACUUUUAUUGAUUUAUUAUUUAAAAAUUCACCUAAACUAGAUAAGGUAUUUUCAUUAUGUAUUUCUGAACAUGGAGGAGAACUUAUUAUAGGUGGGUAUAGCAAAGAUUAUGUUAUCAAAGACAUUUUAAAUGAUGAAAAAAGAGAUAAAAUUGGGCAUAAUAAGAAUGAAAAUAUAAAUUCGGUUGAUAAAUCUGUGGAAAUAAAUAAAAACAAAUCGAUUGUAGAUGAUAUUCUUUGGGAAGCUAUAACUAAGAAAUAUUAUUACUAUAUAAAAGUUGAAGGAUUUGAAUUAUUUGGUACAACUUUUUCUCAUAAUAACACAAGUAUGGAGAUGCUAGUCGAUUCAGGUAGUACCUUUACACAUUUACCUGAGGACUUAUAUAAUAGUUUAAAUUUUUUUUUUGAUUUAUUAUGUAUACAUAAUAUGAACAAUCAUAUUGAUAUAGAGAAAAGAUUAAAAAUAACAAACGAAACAAUAAACAAACAUAUUUUAUAUUUCGAUGAUUUUAAAUCAACAUUAAAAAAUAUAAUAAGUAGUGAAAAUAUGUGUGUAAAAAUAGCUGACAAUGUACAAUGUUGGAGAUAUUUAAAACAUUUACCAAAUAUAUAUAUUAAGCUAUCUAAUAAUACUAAAUUAUUAUGGAAACCCAGUUCUUAUUUAUAUAAAAAAGAAUCAUUUUGGUGUAAAGGGUUAGAAAAACAAGUAAAUAAUAAACCUAUCUUGGGAUUAAGUUUUUUUAAAAAUAAACAAAUUAUAUUUGAUCUUAAAAAUAAUAAAAUUGGUUUUAUUGAAUCAAAUUGUCCAUCUAAUCCGAUUAGCACAAGACCAAGAACUUUUAAUGAAUAUAAUAUAAAAGAAAACUAUUUAUACAAGCACUCAUAUUUUACCUUAUAUGGCUUGUCCAUAAUUAUUGCAUUAACAUUUAUACUUUAUAUUAUUUUAUACAUUAAAAAAUUCAUGUAUAGUUAUUAUAACCCGUUGCGCGUAGAAAAUACAUCGUCUGAAUAA